AUGUACGAUGGUAUCAGUGCUAUCUUCUUCUGUAUCGCAAUUUCGGAAUACGACCAGAUGAUGGACGAAGAUCCGGAAAUGAAUCGCCUUCAAGAUGCACUGGCGCUGUUGGAGAAAAUCAACAAGGAGCCGAAAUUCCAAAAAACUCCCUUCUUGCUAUUUCUCAACGAAGUUGACGUAUUUCGAGAAAAACUGCCGCUUAUGCCACUUCAGGAUCACUGGCCUGAUUACAAAGGUUCGUUCACUCAAUAUGCUGAAUUAUUAUGGCCGACGCGAAGAGAACGCAGUUCGCGUGUUGUUACGCAUUUGAUGUUUGUGAGGCUAUUCAACGAGUAUGGCACGAUACGGCCGUGCAAAAGAUCUACGAAAAGGAGGAGUGAAAUCAACCUCAACGACAGUUCCAAAUAUUUUCUGGAAAACUUGGCAUCAAUAAAUACGCUCGACUUCACGCCAACUCCCCGUGAUCUGAUCAUGAGCUAUGUGCCAACGGUCGGAGUGCAAAACGUCAUUUUCUCCGUGGACAACCAUGUGUUCCAAUUAUUCGACAUUGGUGGCCAAAGAAUUGAUCGUCGGAAAUGGGCGACAAUGUACGAUGGUAUCAGUGCUAUCUUCUUCUGUAUCGCAAUUUCGGAAUACGACCAGAUGAUGGACGAAGAUCCGGAA